AUGUCUACAAGCUCAAACGUAUCUGUAGAAAUCACUACGAACGACAGUACCGUUCCAAGGGGUCAGUACCUUCAUGAAAAUGGAAGAUUGCAGUCCCAGCCUUGUAACGAUAUUACAGGCUACAGUCCCUUCCGAGGUGAAACGAUCAAUCUUGGUCCGUGGGAUUCGCGUAAUUUUCAAGGCCAACAUUUUCUUACCAAUAUGUCAGAUGAUACCCACAAAGAAGUAUCAAUCACUGGAGGUUCUACCUCCGGCUCUGUACGAUUGACUUCGGAUGCCCCAUCUGGAAACAGGGGGUACUUGACUUUCAGAUUACGGGCUUAA